CAGAGAAUAUCCUGGAACUCACUAACAAGAUGAUUGAGCUGCUGACUGGAGAGGUUCCUGUAAGGUUUCAGGAUUUUACCAUCUAUUUCUCUAUGGAAGAGUGGGAGUUUUUGGAAGGACACAAAGAUCUGUACAAGGACGUCAUGAUGGAGGAUCACCAGCUGCUUACAUCACCAGAUGACUGUACCAGAAUCUCAGAUGGGCAUGUGACAUCUUCAGAUUUUAAAACAGAGGAUUAUGCUAUUACACAAAAUACAAGUGAAGAACAUGCCAUAAUCCCAGAUGUACCCUCAGGUCUUCUCAGCAAAGAUUCAUCAUGUGAUUCUUUUAAAUAUGUCCAAUCUUCUGAUUUAUCACAGAUUGCAAAGGAACAGAAAAGCCACAAAAUGCGUGUUGAACAUCAAACAGAGGAGAAGCCGUUUUCAUGUUUGAAAUGUGGAAAAUGUUUUAAACAUAAAUCUGCUCUUGUUAUACAUCAGAGAAUUCACACAGGGGAGAAGCCAUAUUCAUGUCCAGAAUGUGGGAAAUGUUUUACAGAUAAAUCACAUCUUCUUAGACAUGAGAGUAGUCACACAGGGGAGAAGCCAUAUUCAUGUCCAGAGUGUGGGAAAUAUUUUAGCCAGAAAUCAGAUCUUGUUAGACAUCAAAUAACACACACAGGGAAAAAGCCAUUUUCAUGUUCAGAAUGUGGAAAAUGCUUUACAGAAAAAUCUAAUCUUAUAGUACAUCAGAGAAUUCACACAGGGGAGAAGCUAUUUUCCUGCCCAGAAUGUGAGAAAUGCUUUACUCGUAAAUCAUGUCUUGGAAAGCAUUUAAAAAUUCACACAGGAGAGAAGCCAUAUUCAUGCUCAGAAUGUGGAAAAUGUUUUACAAAAAAAUCAAAUCUUAAUAUACAUCAGAGAAUUCACACAGGGGAGAAGCUAUUUUCCUGCCCAGAAUGUGAGAAAUGCUUUACUCAUAAAUCAUAUCUUAAAAGGCAUUUAAAAAUUCACACAGGAGAGAAGCCAUAUUCAUGCUCGGAAUGUGGGAAAUAUUUUACAGAUAAGUCGUAUCUUGUUAUUCAUAAAAGAAGUCACACAGGAGAGAAACCGUAUUCAUGUACAGAGUGUGGAAAAUAUUUUAUCCAGAAAUCUGAUCUUGUUAGACAUCAAGUAACUCACACGGGGGAGAAGCCUUUUUUGUGUUCAGAAUGUGGGAAAUGUUUUACUCAGAAGUCAACUCUUGUUUGUCAUCGAAGAACUCACACUAGAGAGAAGAGACUUUCUUGUUCAUAAUGUGGAAAAUGUUUCACAGAUAAAUCAUAUCUUGUUAUACAUCAGAGAAUUUACAAACGGGAGAAGCCAUUUUCUUGUCUAGAAUGUGGAAAGUGUUUUACAGAUAAAUCAAAUCUUGUUGCACAUCAGAGAAUUCACACAGGGGAGAAGCCAUAUUCAUGCUCGGAAUGUGGGAAAUGCUUUACUCAUAAAUCAAAUAUUGUUAAACAUCAGAGGAGUCAUAAAGGGGAGAAACCUUUUUGAGAUAAUGUAUGUGGAAAGUGUUUUAACCGAAAGCCAGCUCUUAUUGCACAUCAAAGAUAAAAUGUCCAGAAGGAAGGAAAUGUUUCAGCGACAAAUCACAUUUUUAAAACUCAGGAAAGUCAUCUUUUUUUUUUUUUUAGCUAUUUUUAUUGAUGAAUAGUACACA